AUGUUCCCAAAAAUCCAAAAAAGAAUUCACUUCGUGACACUCCUGAGUAUCAUAUUCUCAAUUCCAUCUCGCAAAGCUUUCGCCCAAACCAUCGCCGCUACUCCUUCCGAGGCGAAUUCUAAUCUAAAUUCGACUGUCACCUCUUCGAGUGAUACGGGCGACGACAAUGAUAUUGACGAUAUUGAUGGUGAUGAUAAAGAAACAGAUUGUGAAUAUGGUGGAUCUUUAACCGAUUACCUAUCAUGUACGAAAAACAAAGUAUCGACACCGAUGCUUAUCGGAGUAGGUAUAGGUGUCACAAUAUUAAUUUUCAUCUUGGCAUUUAUCUGCGUCUGGUUCGCAAAGAAGAAAAGAAGAGUUAUAGCUGAAGAAGAUGCUAAGAAAUAUGGAAUCAAGUUUGUCACCAAAACUAAUACUAAUACGAGUAAGAACAUGAACAUGAAUAUGAAUGUGAACCAUGAUGAAAAGAAUAUAGAUGUGGAGAAUAAUCUUUUUAGUAUCGUUCAUCCUCCUUCCAGUGAAAAGGAUACAAACGCACCAGGCAAGAUGCACAAUGGAUUUGAACAAUCGGAUGAUAAGAAGAAUAAAUCAAGAGUAUCAUUUAUGUUGAAUCCACCUACUAUCCCUAUUGGACAAGGAGGAAACCCCAAUGGGGAGUUGACGAAGAUGGGGGCUAUACAAGAAAAUCAUCCUUCCUCAAUUCAAGAAGACACUUUGAAGAGGAACACGAUGAUUAGGAAAGGAAGUAGAGAUGAGAUCUACAACCGAAUCACUCAUGCACCCACUUCGAUACUUCAAUCUGGCAAAACAAACCGUCCGAUCACUCUCACGUCCGCUCAAGGUAAACAGCUUCAAGCACAACCACAUUCCAGAAGACCUUCUUCAAGUUCUCAUGGGCACACUCAGACUGGGCUCUCUGGUCACACUGAUCCUAAGUCAAAGGAUAUACCCAAUCCUAAUCAACUAAACAUACCUCAAUCUCAAUAUCAGCCUGAUUCCAAUUCGGGGUCAGCAGCUUCAUCAAGAUCAGGUUCUCCAGUUCCGUUAACAAACCCCAGGGAAUUAGAAAUAACAAAUCUUAAUCCUUUAUCUCGACAAACCCUCUUAUACUCCCAUUCGCAUUCCCACGCCCAAGAGCAAGUACAUGAGCAUGGACAGGGGAGAACCUCAAUUUCUCAUCCCGCUCCUAUACAUCAACAAGGAUCGACUAAUAGAAUCACCAUGUCCAGUCUGCCAAAACCGAUUAAUCGAAUAUCAACUUCCAAUUCACCUACACCACCUCCUCCUUUCGCGAUGAAACCACAACCUCCUCCACCUGCCAGGACAGGACCGACUCCUCCCAAAGCAUCACGACCGUCUGUAUCACAUGAGGCUAAUCAAGGAAUAUCUCCGUCUCCCUCGGACAAGGAAAGUCGAGCUGUGACCUAUACAGACAAUAAACCCAAAACUGAAAAUACUGCACCUCUUAGACCCGCACAUUCAAUAAGAAAUGGUACGUUCGGCCCUAAUACAUCUCAGUCCAGGCGUACGACUUUGAUUUUGCCUGAUACAAAACAACCGAAUGAUACCUCUAUGCCUGCGGAACAAUUGAGGAAAGAAAGUCUGAUUAUACCUGAUGUUGCAAAAACUAUAUCCGCUCUGCCCAUCUCUUCAUCUUCUAACACGCGAAGAUCAAUCAUUCCAUCAUUACCUGAUGAUAUUAUACCUAAUCGACCAUUCUCUCAAAGAUUAAGUAAGAUCAGAUCCCAGACUGAUCUGCCUACCAGUUCACCUCACAACACUAAACAAAUGAUAACAGACUCAAAGUCACAGCAAAUCCUCCCUAAACGAUCAGGAUCAAUGCCUACACGUGAUACUCUUAUUCCUUCAUAUUAUGGUGGAACCCAUGAAUACAGACCAUCAAGUAGAUUACCCAGUUUGCCUGAAAUACACUCUGGAAUUACUACGGAUGGUAAGGCAGGAAUUAAAGUGAAGAAAGGUGAUGAGGUAAAGCCAGGUGAUUUAGAACUGCCAAAUUUAUUUGAUAAAACUGAUGUGUCAGGAAACCUUAAUGUUGCAAAAGAAGAUGAUGAAAUAUGUACAGCCUGA